UAAUGAGAAUAAAUGCGCUGUGGAUUUGCACCUAUUGGUAUUAUUGUACCGCAGUAUUGUUGCUUGUGCCGACUAGGCCUGUUUUACAGUAUAACCUUAAAGCAGUAAUAGUCAAAACAAAUAUAUUAUCUGGUAAAUCAAGAUGAAUUAUUAUUCAUUGCAGAUGCCAAACGGUAGGCCUAUUAGAGUUCAAGUUCAGUUUUGUCAAGCUGACUAAAAUUUACUAACUUCUAGAAUGUACUGAAAUUUUACCACGUUCAGGCCAGCUGAAAGCAGUUACUUCAGAGAGGUAACAAUAGAGCGUAGGCAUAAAGUGGUACGUAGUUUCAAGGAUUCGUCUUUAUAUAUUCGUGACUGGUUAAUAUGGCACUAUUUUCAGCUCAUAAAUCCUAAGUAUAAUGCCAUUACGAGGCACUUGGUAUGUUAUUCAACAAAGUAUUCCUGCCCCUGCCUGGGUCAGAUGGCCAGAACAACAAAGAUUCUGUUGUUGCUGUUCAAUUCGUACCGGUGCUUCACUGAUUGGAUGGUUUAAUUUUCUUUUCAACUCGUUCUAUGCGGGCAUGCUGAUUCUCGCAAUGACACAGUUGAGAAAUAUGCUGGAUGAAAGAUUGGAUUUACCUACAGAAUUUAGUGAUACCAGGCCAGAUCCAGAUGAAUUUGAAGGAAGUGUAAAUAUUCCCUCACAAGAAAAUGAUUCAGUCAUAGUUCCCGCAUUGGAUCCGAAACUCAGAGAUUAUAUUACUAAUAUGAUAGAUGAAACUCUACCAAUGAUGUACAAAUCCAUCGCAAUUCCAGCAAUUAUGAUAAUAUUCAGUGUCUUAUGGUUGAUUACAGUGGAAGGGAGAACUAUUUCUCUUGUUCGUCUAUUUGGAAGAGCCUUUAUUCUCGCGAUCAUCAUUCAACUUCUUUUGCAACUAGGAUUAUUAGCUUAUGUUGAUAUUGAAAGCAGAAAUGUUUCUGGACAAGGAAUAAGUUGGAUCGUAUGGGUUGUAUUUGUCUUCUACGCGCUUUUAAAUUUAUAUUUUAUACCAGUAUUAAGUGAAUAUAUUAAACGAAGAAUAAAGGAAAAUAAUCAGGGAUUGGAACAAGGACUUCUGACAUCAGAGAUGUAUCCAAAAUCGAGAGUGGCCGAAGAAUAUAUAGAAGACGCAUUUACGCUGGAUGGAGACAACGAUGUCGUACGUUUUCAGGCGUCAAUUGAUGACGGAAACCUGAGAGAUGACAGAGCACAAGAGAUCAAUGACGAUUAUCAGCCCAUAUAGGUCUUACAAUCGAAGUGGAUUAUUUAAUAUUUUGUAUUGAUUCAUAAACAAAUGUCAACCACGACGAUUCUUCCACUUUGUGGAAAAUUGCGAAGAUCGUAGAAAACAAUGGACGAUCAUAAAAAACAAAUUCCUUCAGUUACUUUAUGCUGUUGUACAUCUAUUCUGAGUGCUUCAUCUUUGAAUGAAAUUAAAAUAAGCAUUUUAUUGUAAAAAAAAAUUAUCUUUUAUGUUGUA